UACUUGAAGUAUAAAAAAAUGCAUCCGUCUUGUGAGAGUGGAAUCUGCACUGACCCUAAGUGUUGUUCUGGAGGGUAUAAAUUCAUGUGGCCUAACACACUUGGUAUGUAUGGAGAACAAGCCAAGAGAAUCAUUGAGAAAGACAAUCCAUUCGUAACUGCUGUGAUUGUUCAUAGAGGCGAGGGUGUAACUGAUGAUUUCUGUUGUAAUCGUGUCUGGGUUUAUGUAGAUGAGCAUGGAAAAGUUGCAUAUCGUGUGCCAAUUGUUGGCUAAAAGAUAUAAAAAAUUGAAAGUAUUUCUCAAUAAAAACUGAGAUCAGUCAAUAAGAUU